UCUGUUUUAUCACUUGUGGAUAUGAGAUCUAGGUAAAAAGAUAAACAAAAGAAAGGAUAAAAGAAGUCAAAUUGUGAAGUUGGCAUCAACCCGUGAUGAAUUUAACACUCUUAAAUUUUUCUUUUAGUGUUUUCAUUGAAAAGACACGUCGACAUUGGUAUGUAAGUUUUUGUUCAAUGAUGGUUAUUGGAGUCUGUAACAAGACCACCAUGGUGAGUGAGAGUGACGGUACCAAAUUCUGACCAAGAAGAACUCAUCAGUCGAUAAACUGCUAACUCAAAAGCAGUGACAAGAAAGGAGUUGAUUGAAGUGGUGGAAGUUUUAUAUACGUUGGUUCAUUUUGUUCUGAAUACUCCAUAAAAGGUCUUACAUUGUUGCUGCUCUGUGAAAAUUGUGCAUAGACCUGGAUCCAAUGGAGAUUAAGCCAAAUCUUACUCCUGUCCUUACUGAUGCCGCACCCUUGACAAGGUCAAGGCUGGGUGUGCCUUCUGGUUUGUCACCUUAUUCUUCUCCAAAAGGGGCAACCUUUCCCCAUCAUGGUCCCUUUCUGGCUAUUCCAAGAAAGAAGACAGGAGGAAUUCUUGAUGAUUUUCGUUCUAGCGGUUGGCUUGAUGCCAUGAAAUCUUCUUCUCCUACUCACAAUAAAGUAUCCAAGGAUCUCAAUCAUGGAACUGGAUCACCUGAUGCUGCUUAUAGUACCUGGCUGCUAAAGUUUCCAUCAGCACUUGCAUCUUUUGAUCAAAUUACUAACUACGCAAAAGGGAAGAGAAUAGCAUUAUUUCUUGAUUAUGAUGGGACUCUUUCACCCAUUGUGGACAAUCCUGACUGUGCGUUCAUGUCAGAUAAUAUGCGUGCUGCUGUUAAAAAAGUGGCGGAAUAUUUUCCAACUGCAAUAAUUAGUGGAAGAAAACGUGACAAGGUAUAUGAAUUUGUUGGAUUAAGUGACCUCUAUUAUGCUGGUAGUCAUGGGAUGGACAUUAUUGGUCCCCCCAGACAAUCUAUUUCUGACGAUCACCCUGAUUCUGAUAAGCAGGGUCUUGGUGAACUUAAUUUAUUCCAACCUGCUGCUGAAUUCCUGCCCAUGAUUGAUGAGGUACUUAGGUUGCUCAAAGAGUGUACAAAAGACGUUGAAGGAGCAACAGUUGAGAACAACAAAUUUUGUGUAUCUGUACAUUACCGGAAUGUCGAUGAGGAGAGUUGGCCUAUUGUGGGACAACGUGUAUAUGAUAUUUUGAAGCAGUAUCCUCGUUUGCGUUUAACUCAUGGGCGGAUGGUUUUAGAGAUUCGGCCAGUGAUCGACUGGGAUAAGGGAAAAGCUGUCACAUUUUUACUUGAGUCACUUGGACUCAGCAAUAACGAUGACGUGCUAACUAUAUAUAUUGGAGAUGAUAAAACAGACGAAGAUGCCUUCAAGGUUUUGAGAGAAUCUAAUAAAGGUUGUGGCAUCUUAGUGUCCCCUGCCCCAAAAGAAAGCAACGCAGUUUACUCUCUUCGUGAUCCCUCAGAGGUCAUGGAAUUUCUGACAUCACUUGCUGAAUGGAAAUCAAGCAUUCAAGCUUGCUGAAAAGCCUUACAAAUUGUAUAGAGGAGAACAUACUUCCACUAUGCUAUAUAUA